GUUAGAAUCAAAAUGGUGGCACCACUGUUUUGAUUACGUUUUGAAUUUUUUAAUAUAUUUCCAUUUAUCAGACUAUAAAUAUUUAAAAAAUAUACUUAAAACGUACAUAUUUUAAACAGUUUUUUCGGAAAAACAAAGUUCAUGGUUAAUUAUCUGAGAAAAAGGCGAAAAUAUCACUUUUAAAUUGUUCUAACCUCGAAAAUGUCCCAUCAAACAGGCAUAAAAGCCAACGAUGAAUUAAAAAAGUUCUUUUCGAAAUGCAAAGACGGUCACGUCAGAGUGUUUAAAGUCGCUAUAGAAGAUGAACAAUUGGUCCUAAAACAACACCACAAUCACAAACACAAUUGGGAAAAAGACUUUGAUAAGUAUGUUACGCCUCUCAUCGAGGAGAACCAGCCCUGCUACAUUCUUUACAGGCUGGACAAUAAAAGUUCCUUAGGCUAUGAGUGGCUGUUUAUUAGCUGGUCUCCGGAUACGGCACCAAUUCGCCAGAAAAUGCUUUACGCCUCAACCAAAGCAACAUUAAAACAAGAAUUUGGAAGUGCCCAAAUUAAAGAUGAAUUACAUGGAACAGUACAGAGUGAGGUUACUUUGGACGGUUACAAGAGGCAUAAAAAGAAUGUGGCUGCACCGGCACCUCUUUCAUCCAAAGAGGAAGAAAUGAACGAAAUAAAGAAAAAUGAAGUACAUACAGAUAUCUCCAUAAACACCAAACAACAAACUUUAGGAGGUGUAUCGUUUCCUUUACUUGAAAGUGCUCAACAGGCUGUUAGAGAUAUGUGCAGGGGAUCCUACGACUAUAUUCAAUUUAAAAUAGAUAUUGUUGAGGAGACAAUAAGUUUGGCGACUGCAGAAAAUAUUACUUUGGAAAAGCUUCCUUCUAAAGUUCCUUCAGAUACUGCCCGGUAUCAUUUGUACAAAUUUAAGCACACUCAUGAAGGAGAUUAUACAGAGAGUAUAGUUUUUAUUUACUCCAUGCCUGGAUACAACUGUUCAGUGAAAGAACGAAUGCUCUAUUCGAGUUGCAAAAACCCCCUAACUGAAACCAUCACAAACUUAGGCCUGGAAAUUGCCAAAAAGAUUGAAAUCGAUUCAGGCUCAGAACUGACUGAACAGUUUCUCUAUGACGAAUUGCAUCCCACAAACACGCUGCAUCGCCCCAAAUUUGCCAAACCUAAGGGCCCCCCUGGCAGGGGGCCAAAAAGAAUGACGAAAAAUCAGUAAAACCGUUUUAAAUGCUUCGUUUUUUGGUGUCAAAAAGGCUCAAAUAUUGACCGUAUUCUUGCUAGUAUUAUUUAUGCAUACAGGGUGUCAGUUAUUUUUGAAAACCUGCUUAAUAUUUUCACAAAAUUUUUUCUAUAUCCUGUAUAUUGUGCUAGAUCUAUUAUUGUUCUUUAUUAUUUCCUAUUUUUUUUAUUGAAUAUAUAUGUAUAAUUAUAUUGUCCAAGACAUUUUUUAAUGAUGUAAGAUAAUAAAUUGGCUACAUUUGUUGCUAUA